AAAACCAGGAGGAGGACGGGAGCCGGCGGAAGAGAUGACAAUGACCGCGAUCCCAGAAAGUCUCAACAGUCCCGGCUCAGGAAAAAGCGUUUUCAUGGAGUUCGGGCCGGCCGGUCAACAAAUGUCGCCGUCGUCCAUGUCCCACGGACACUACCCCGUGCACUGUUUACAUUCAACGAGCCACGGACAGCACGACAGCUACAGCCCGGCCCCGAACUUCCCCCGAACCCUCGCCUACCCUUACAUCAACUCGGUGGGAAGCCAUUCCAACAACCCGUACCUCAGCACGGCCCAAACGUACCAGAACGCCUCGGCCCUGCCUCAGACCCGCUUAGAAGAUCCAGCGCCGGCGGCGGGCAAGAACGCCGCUCUGGAGGCAGGAGAGGUUCGGUUCAACGGCAAAGGCAAAAAGAUCCGCAAGCCCCGGACCAUCUACUCCAGUUUACAACUCCAAGCGCUCAACAGGCGAUUCCAGCAAACGCAAUAUUUGGCCUUGCCGGAGAGAGCCGAGCUCGCCGCCUCACUGGGGCUCACCCAGACACAGGUAAAAAUCUGGUUCCAAAACAAGCGAUCCAAGUUCAAGAAACUGAUGAAACAAGGCGGUGGCACUAUUGACACUAACGCCUUGGCCACAGGCCGCGGACUCUCCGGCGGUUCCCCCUGCACGGCGGCGCCCGUCUGGAGCACGCCGACCCCCGGGAAGCCGUCAUUGGGCGCCCCCGCCGGCUCGUACAUGCCGGCCUACACGUCUUGGUACCCCGGCACGCACCACCAGGAGUCUAUGCAACAGUCCGCGCCGCUCAUGUGAACGAACUCACGUCGGCCACCUGCCUUGCAAGGGGGGGGGGGGGAG